UCACAGCUCGCAGAUCUUUUGUUAGUUUUUAUUAGUAAACUAUUCAAAACUUACUAUGGUUUCCCAGACAAUAGAGUUUGAUCCUAUGUGUGACAAGGAGAACCCCCAAAAAAUUUCAUUUGAAGAUGUGUCGGCCGCAGCAUAUAGGAUCCAAAGCGGGAUUGUGAAAACACCUUGCGUAAAAUCUCAUAUGUCCGCAAUAUAUGGCAUGGACAUUUACCUAAAAAAUGACUUUUUACAACAUACGGGAAGCUUUAAAGAACGCGGUGCUCGAAACGCACUUUUGCUUCUGUCUGCCGAAGCCAAGCAGUUGGGCGUCAUCUCCGCGUCUCUUGGCAACCACUCUCAGGGUCUCAGCUACCACGCUAACCUGCUCAAAAUACCCACCACUGUUGUGAUGCCAAACGUAGCGCCUAUCAUGAAAAUCCAAAAGUGUCAGUCGUACGGCGCCAAUGUCAUCGUACAUGGAAACGACAUGAAGGAAGCGAAGUACCAUGCCAUGCUCCUGGCUAAGGAGAGGGGGCUCACUUAUAUUAACGGCUACGACCAUCCACACAUAAUGGCUGGACAAGGCACCGUGGGCCUGGAGAUAAUGGAGCAGGUCCCCGACGUUGAUGCCGUGCUGGUUCCCGUAGGGGGAGGAGGCUUGCUGGCCGGAGUCGCCACCGCCAUCAAGCACCUGAAGCCACAUGUCCUCAUUUAUGGCGUAGAGACCGAGAAAUUCCCGAGUAUGGAGCAAGCAAUGAAGCACAACGAGCCAGUGAGCGUUGAAAUCCGGUCCACCCUGGCCGAUGGACUGGCCGUUCCGACUGUGGGGUACAACGCUUUCCUUACCGCGAAACCAAUAACGGAUAAAUUGCUUACCGUGAACGAGGAAUGGUUGGCUCGAGCAAUCUUGCGUCUAGUGGAGCAUGAAAAGUAUGUAGUGGAGGGGGGCGGGGCAGUGGGGGUGGCGGCCAUCAUGGCUGGACUCGUGCCGGAGCUCGCCAACAAGAAAGUUGUCUGUAUCCUGUCGGGAGGCAACAUCGACACCACCAUCUUAGGACGAUGCUUAGAGCGAGGAUUAGCUGCCGAAAAGCGUUUGGCCAAGUUCAAGGUGACUGUGAGCGACAGGCCCGGAGGCAUCGCCGAGCUGUGCCGGAACAUCGCCUCCAUUGGAGUCUCCAUUAAAGACAUCAUGCAGGAGCGCGCUUGGGUCUUUGGAGAUAUCUUUAGCGUUGAAGUUAAAGUUGUGUGUGAAACGCGAGGCCCAGAACAUCUCGACGAACUUCGGGCUUUGAUACACAAAAAUUACAAGAAUUUCUACUUCUCGGGAUACAACGACAAAAUGUGCGGCACCGACAAUCUCAACGGAGGCUGCAUUGAAGAAGCAAAGUGUGAUUACAACAUAGAUAAAACUAACCCUUAGAAGCUAGAAGAGGUUGGUGUAUUUGUGUAGAUACUUUGUAUUUUAGUUCACCUUACACCUAGCACAAAUAAAAAAUAAUAAUAUUCUAGAUUCAAGGAUAUGAAUGAAGUGAUUUUAUCUCGAUUAUUUUUACGUUUCCAUGUUACUAAUGAUAUAAUUCGCUUGAUAUUUUAAUAUGAUUGAAUGAUCUGUGAUAAAUAAGUAUAUGUUA